AGGGAAACAUCAUGGGGAUAGGGGCAAUGAGGGAUUAACGUGAUAAACGUAGCUAUGGUGUCAAAAUCGCUUUUGACAUUUAAUGGCCCGUUUCCUCAAAAUACCUGGACACUGUACACCUGGAAUACGCCAGGGAAUAUCACUGAGAAACAUAAUCAACAGCGGGUUGCUGUUAAAAAAUUGCUUUGUUUGAACACGUAGCAGCUCGACUUUGGAAGGUAAUACUCUCUUCUCUCCAUUUAACGUAGACGGGUAAGACGCCAUAAUGAAGAAACGGGUUCUCACGAGAUUUGACGAGAAGCAGAUGGAGCUUGACCGCAUCAAGGACGACUUCCGUCGUUACCUCGGCCGGUUGAACAGUCUGAGACUUCAUUACAGGGAUUGGUUUGACAGACAAUUCCAGUCUUUUCUCGAUGCUAUUAAAAUUGUGCAGCUAACAUUCCCUUGCCUCGUGCCUCGAGAGAUUGUGUACAUGUCUCAGUUUGAACAGACGCUUGAGUUUGUUAAAAGGCUCCCCCAAAAUGGCAAAACGUUUUGCCGCAACUUCGACAAAAUGACGCAGUUUCAUGGAUUCUGGAAUAGAUUCUGUGAACUGAAGAAGGAAGGAGACGUUCUAAACGCUUCAAUGUGUGCAUUCUGUGAUAGUAUCACACGUUUACGUGAACCACAGCUCAGACUGGACAUUGAUAAAAUGCAAUCUCGCCUCGACCAAGCCAGCAAACAAGAUUUUAAUUUCACUGAACUACACAACGAGAGAGAUAAUUUGUUUGUGUAUCGGAUAGCUGGCCAUGACGACAAACUCCAACCUCUUGUUGGCUACCUACCUUAUCUACUGAAGAUCGCUACUGGCAUCUGUUACUGGUCGACUAAACUUUACAUAGAGAAGGAGUAGUUAUUGCUCAUUUGAAAGAGGGACAAAUCUCAGUCUGUUGCCUGUUUCUAGUUUACUUCUCUGCAUUACAGUUAAUGCAAGGCGUGAAAAGGAAGCAUUGUCUGUGUGUUUGGGAUGUACAUAUAAAUAACAAAGUGUCCUCGAAGAACUUUAAUCAAAAGUGCUGACUGUUAGUUAUCCAGAGCUUAGUCCUCAAUAAGUGAGAACCGUAUUAGUCUUGUUAUUAUUUAUUCAUUUAUUUAUUUUAACAAUUACUUUUAACGUUAUAGAUAAGCGAUGAUUUUGACAACCAGGCCAGUCGUGACAUGUUGUGUCCGCCACCCCUGGUGCUGGAAUCGGAUUAUAGCUAAAACUGCAAUGUGUAGAAAUGGAACCGAUAGCGAAAAACAGAUUGGCGAAAACGACGCCUGGUUUGGUUAAUGUGUUACCAUUUUGACGCGGUGCUGUUUCCGCUUGAUCCCCUGACACCAGUGGUACUCUGUGAUAUAUGCUCAAUUUGUUUUGCCACAUAGUAUUAGGACGUCCUUUCCAGUUAUGUUAUGUCUGCGCGAUCCCCUGCCUCGUUAUAACAAAAGGCGUUGAGAAUGGUACUUGUUGUCACCAUUCCUGGCGCUCGUCAUUAAGGGACACAACAAGAAAGGGUCGGCUAGGAAUCAGUUUAAUGUGUCUGAGUAGUGUAUAUGUAACACCCAAUCUGUGCAACUGUGCAUUGCGUGCACUGGGCAGACCGUUUACCCAAUGCGUGCAAUGAGCAAUACAGCUUGCCCAAUGCACGCGAUGUGCAAACAAUUAUCUUCUCAUUGCAUGCAAUGGGCAAUAGUUAUGAAUGAAAAAUAAUUCUCCAAAUAUUUCACAAUAUGGGCAACCAGCUUGCUCAUUUCACGCAAUGGGCAGGUAAUUGUUCUCCUCAAAACACGCAAUUGAAAUUAGUACUGUUUUACAUGUUUGGUUUUUAAUAAAGUAAACUAUUAUUAAGUCAGUAAACUGUAAUAAAUAACAACCAAACAACCAUAAGCGCGCAAUGGGCAGUUGCACAGAUUGGGUGUAACACACAUGAUAAUCUGCGGCAUGGUAUCUCAGUGGGCAAGCACUACAAACGCGGCAUUAGUUCGGGUUCACAAAGAGCAUAAUCGAAAUGAAAUAGAUUUGAAAUCGCUAGCGGAUCCGGUGCGGCCAUGGGUCGCACCUCUGCGUUCGAGAAUGUUUGCAGAAAUCAACUGAAGAAAGAUAAGUGACAUUUCAAGUGUGUCGAGAGACGUAAUGUAACGACACGUUUUAAGCCAUAAUUGCCAUAACAGAUGUUGUUAUUAGAAGUGACACGACAUUUGUCUUUGUUAGUUUACUAAUGGCGUCCACCUUUCCCACCUCAUAUAUAUAAUAUGUCCGAUUAAUCUUUGACACUAUCGGUAGAGGUGAGACAUCAAUGCGGAUGUAAUUUGACAUAUAUUUUCUCUUCGUGUCACAGACUAACUGGCAUAGAUUACAGUCCAUUUUGAAAAAGAAAUGAAUGACAAUGUACUUGGAAUAUCUUUAGACAGUCAGUAAGUAGAUGAAGACACCUUUAUUAGUUGGCUUUGAAAAGUUACACUUUCGCUAUUUUUAAAAAUAAAAAUAAAAAAGCUUUCAAAUAUUUUACUCCCAAUGUCGAUAUUUCUCUCCGUAAAGACCAGACAAAGCUUGUAUGAAGGUGACCUAAUCAGUAAUUCAGUUCGGAGGAGUCCUGUGUUGCGCAUAUGACUUCCCUGGUAGUUUCAGAGCAGUCUAUCAAUCAGCGACAUGCGAAUUUAUUUAAUAUGUGAUUGCCAGUGGAGCCGAAUUGUUUCAGAAAGCUGAUAUUUGCUCAAAACCCACACAUCCUAAAUGUUGAUUCGUUAACUAUGUAUCUGACGUGUCUCCCCGUGGUUGUCAGAUCAUGAUGCAGAGAGGUAUACCGAAUCAGGGUUAUGAUCUGAGACUGAAAAGAGAAAUGCAACAACUCCUGUGAAAUUCACAAUACCAGCAAUGGAUGUCAGCAGGUGUUGGAACAUGUAUAUUAAUGCACAAUUGUAUGGAAUAUUUUUUUAGGUCAAUUAAUGACAUGUUAUAAUGUGGUAAAGAUUUGU